AUGUGUUACCUCGAAAGUCGUCAGAUUGUUCAUCGAGAUUUGGCUGCACGUAAUGUCCUGUUAGAUGAAGAUUACGUUGCGAAAGUGAGCGACUUUGGUCUAGCCAAAAAAGCUCAUUCUGCAACUAACGAUAACUCGUCCGGGAAAUUUCCGAUCAAAUGGACUGCUCCGGAGGCUUUGCGGCAUAGCAAUUUCUCAACGAAGAGUGAUAUGUGGUCAUUUGGAGUGUUGCUGUGGGAAAUAUUCUCGUUCGGCCGUGUCCCCUAUCCGCGCAUUGGUGUCGAUGGUCGUUCGGUAUGUGUCGUCCAUGUGCAUGUUUUACGUGUUUGCUCUUUUCUAACAGUGUCGUGUUGUGGUUAA